AUGUCGUCUCCAGUUUCACCAAAAUCAUCAUCGUCAUCCAGCUCAUCCCCAGGAACCGAGGCCUCACCCAUGCUCCGUGGCAACUCCAAGCCCAUCUUUCUGUUCAUCGACUCGCAGGCCGACAACCCGCAGAACCCCUCUCUUAACAAGCAAAAGCAGGCAUUUGUCCUACGAAACUACCACCGGAAGAAAAAACAAGCCUCGAUUGAGAGGCUGAAACCUUCGAAGCCAUCUAAACCAUCCCUAUGUCUUGUCCACGGCAGGACCUCGAACUUCUCGCCAGCAUAUCCUUGGGAUGCCCUCGCAGAAGAGAAUGAAGAGUUCCAGUCAGACCGUCCGCAGGGUACUCUUAAUCGGGUUGCAAAAAUGUCGGAGAUGUGGUCUCUGAAAGCGUAUCUGAGCCAGGGUUUUGUGGAUCCCUUUUCCGCCUCGGCCGUGCAAAUGUCCGACUCGAUGAAUCUUCCGGAUCCACACCAUCGCCUCUUGUUAUCCCUUGACUCCACCCGCAUGAGCAUUUGGUGGUGGCAGCGAGCAAUAUCCCAGCCGGCUCUGCUCCAAGCGCUCCUCUUCCUCACGGCGGGCCACCACGCAACCCUCGAAUCCAACAACGGAGUCUCCUCCACAGCCAUCGAGAAAUCAAUCAAAGACUCCCUCCGUCUCCGCGGGAACACCCUCAAAACGCUGAACGAUAUCCUGCAUGAUCCCAUAAAAGCCGUCGCAGAGUCCACCACCCUCAUUGUAGCCUCGCUGGUGGCCAUCGAGGCUGUGGAUGCCAACUUUGAGGCUGUACACGCGCACAUGAAAGGUUUAAAAAGACUCAUUAAUCUCCUCGGCGGCCUCGACGCCCUGGACCACAUGACCCUCUCCAAAAUCUACCAGAGCGAUGUCAAAAGCGCAGCCCUCCAAAAUUCCCGUCCCACGUUUCCCAUGUCCGCUCGCUGGCGCAGCGAGAUUCUCCAGGAAUCAACCCUCUUCCGCUCAACAGAACACCUCCGCGUCUCCGAAUCUCUCGAGGCACUGGGGAGCCGCUUCUUCGCCGCACCGUGGUACCCGCCCUUAGACAACACCUUGAAGACGUUCGUCCAGAUUCUGCGGCGCCUAAUCAUCUACUUCGAGACCGCGCAGCAGCAGCCCUCGAUCGUCCUGCCGACGGACAACGACCUCUUCUUGGUGCUCGAGCACCAGCUCCUAUCGGCCGCGUAUGAGACCGGUACGACUCUGUUGCAGGAGCCACUACGCUUGUCCCUGCUGAUCUACCUGAACCUGCGGAUCUGGCAUUUUCAGGCCUUUCCGUUCAUGCAGUUCAUGGUCGAGGGUUUGAGGAGAAGUCUGGUACCGGCAUACGGACAUGCCCAGUCCACCGCGCCGGAUCUCGUCUUCUGGAUUCUGUUCAUCGGAGGGAUGGCGUCGCAAGGCUAUAAAUGUCACCCCUGGUUCGUGAGUCGGUUAGCGGAGAUGGCGCGUCGUCUGGAUUUGGUCGAAUGGGAGAAAGCGAGGGAAACGCUAGGCGGGUUCUUUUAUACCGAUCAGCCGGGCGAGAGAGGCGCAGAGAAUCUGUGGAACGAGGUGCUUCUGAUGGAGAGUUACCCGUACAUCGCCCCAAAACCGACGUUUCAGGUCCUCAUGUUAUGAUUAUUUGCCAUGGGCUAUCUUCUGCCGAAUUGCGAAUACGUCUCUAGGUAAACCAACGAUCUUGUGUGGAAUUCUCAGCAAUUCUCAAGCAAGAUACAGUACAUUCAACCUUGAAUCAAACUCAUAUCAGGCGCUGGAAGAGGUCCGGAACGGGGUGGUCGACGACGACCGCUCAUGAUACAACAGGCACACUCUUCGGUACAGUGUCCAUAAACCUCGUCUCCCAGUAAUUGCAUCAAACGAUGUCGCCGCUGAAGUAUGGCGAAAACCGCGUGCCUCCAGUUCCAGAAAGGGGUUGCCCUGAUUGUUUUGGACAUCGAGCCGGUGCUCUGUUCCUCGCGUUUUUGGCUCAUCGUAGUACCAGUCUCUCUUCCAUCGUUUGUGGGCCGACAUGAAUUCCUGUUCGCACUUGGGCGUUUCCUCCUCCUCCUUCUUGUUCUUGCGAAACAAGACAUCCUCCUUUGUGUGCAGC